UCUCUCCCCCCUCUCUCCUUUUCUCUCUCUCUCUCUCUCUCCCUUCUUUCGCUUCCAGUCUGGUUCUUCUGUUGUGCUGUUGGCUGUGGUGAGGGGCUGGGGGAGGGAUCUCGCGAUUGUUGGACUUUUUUUUCGAGGGAGGGGGGAAGAGUUAUUCGGAAGAUGGCGCCCGUUGUUACGGGGAAGUUUGGUGAGCGACCUCAACCUCAGCGUUUGACAAGGGAGGCUAUGAGGAAUUACUUGAAGGAGAAAGACGAUCAAACAGUGCUCAUUCUACAUGCAAAAGUUGCACAAAAGUCAUAUGGCAAUGAAAAAAGGUUUUUCUGUCCUCCACCAUGUGUGUAUCUGUUGGGCACUGGCUGGCAGAAGAAGUUAGAGAAUAUGGAGAAGGAGGGUUGUACAGAGCAGGAGGCCCAACCAUGUGCUUUCAUUGGUAUAGGCAACAGUGAGCAGGAGAUGCAGCAACUAAAUCUGGAGGGGAAGCACUUCUGCACAGCUAAGACGCUGUAUAUCAGUGACUCAGACAAAAGGAAACACUUCAUGCUGUCUGUGAAGAUGUUAUACGGAAACAGCUCCAACAUAGGAGUCUUCCUCAGCAAGAGAAUCAAGGUCAUCUCCAAGCCCUCCAAGAAGAAACAGUCCUUGAAAAAUGCAGAUUUGUGUAUAGCAUCUGGGACUAAGGUGGCCUUGUUCAAUCGCCUGCGUUCCCAGACAGUCAGUACCAGGUAUCUUCAUGUGGAGGGAGGAAACUUUCACGCCAGCUCCCAGCAGUGGGGUGCCUUCCACAUCCAUCUCUUGGAUGAUGAUGAGUCUGAAGGGGAGGAGUUUGCUGUAAGAGACGGCUACAUUCACUAUGGCCAGACAGUCAAAUUGGUCUGUUCUGUUAGUGGAAUGGCUCUGCCGAGACUCAUCAUUCGCAAAGUAGACAAGCAAACAGCAUUAUUGGAUGCAGAUGACCCAGUGUCCCAGCUUCACAAGUGUGCCUUCUACCUGAAAGAUACAGACAGGAUGUAUCUCUGUCUUUCACAGGAGAGGAUCAUCCAGUUCCAGGCAACACAAUGCUCCAAAGAGGCUAACAAGGAGAUUAUUAAUGAUGGGGCUUCCUGGACUAUCAUUAGCACUGACAAGGCAGAGUACACCUUUUAUGAGGGUAUGGGCCCCGUCCCCACACCAGUCACACCUGUCCCUGUGGUGGAGAGUUUGCAGUUAAAUGGUGGCGGAGAUGUGGCCAUGUUGGAACUGACUGGACAGAAUUUCACUCCUAACCUCAGAGUUUGGUUCGGGGAUGUGGAGGCGGACACCAUGUACAGGUGUGGAGAGAGCGUCUUGUGUGUAGUGCCAGAUAUCUCUGCCUUCAGAGAGGGGUGGCGCUGGGUGAGACAGCCGGUCCAGGUUCCCGUCACGCUGGUCCGCAAUGAUGGAAUCAUCUAUGCCACCGCCUUGACCUUCACGUACACCCCUGAACCAGGACCCCGACCCCACUGCAGUGCAGCCGGGGCCAUUCUGCGGUCACAUAGCACCUCCUCAUCAUCACCAGCAUCUUCGUCUUCACCUUCAUCUUCGUUGGGCGGGCUUGGAGAUGGCCAUGGGGCUUACAGCAGUAGUGACUCAGGCAUGUCGUCGGCGGCGUCGACCAUGUCGGUGCUGUCGUAGUGAUACUUGUUUCGUGUGUGUGCUAUGAAUGACUGAGAGAGAAGAUGUGGACAUGUACUCCAAAGAGGCUCAUGGACCUGUGAAGAAUUGCACACAAGCUAAGAGGCUAAUCGUUACAGCGACUGUGAAAUCAUGAGAGCUGCCUGAGACUUGGAAAAAAAGGACAAGUUCAAAGAGAAUACCUGUGAUAACUGACUCUGUACUUUAGCGCCCUCUUCUGGAUUGCUGUGGAGACGUUAUAAGCACCACAUGGAGGACCUUGAUAUCCAAGAUGUUUGCCUAAAAGGAGGUGAAUGUAACUUCUAACUCUCACAGCAAUGGGAUUUGUAAAAUAAUCAUUUUGUUUUUGUACACCAGUGGGUUUGGAAGCGGCUUUUAUUAUGCUUUCUUACUACCAAGGUCGUAUUUUUACUGAAAAACUUGUUGAUUUAACUGUUAUGAGCAAGGGAAAAUUUUAACUUAGUUUCUAUGGACCAAGGAAUAUUAUAAUAUUAUUUUAUUCAUAUUAUAUUUUAUAAGCUUUUGCUGAGGUACAUUUUGACAGUUUUGUAUAGUACUGCAUAGUACAUAAGUUCACUUUUGUUACCAAAUAGUUUGUCACAGUGUUGGCACCUAUUUCUAUUUUGUCUCAGUGGAGUGGUCAAAGCAGAAAUGGCUUUUAGGAUGUCUCUAACAGUCUGACUGCAGAUUUUCAACUUAUCUCCUCACUUGUUUGUUUUUUUUUUAAUGCAUACUUACUUAGUUGUCAUUUCCAAAAUUGUAUUAGUUCUCUGAGCUGUGCCAGAAUGAGAAAGAAUCAAUCAGGCUUUGUUUUUAAGGAGGCACUUUAGAGAAUGAAGACAUGCCCAUGUUGGCCUGCAGUUAUUGGCUUAGUAUACUUUAUAUUUUCUAGGCCAGUUUGUUGUUGCUCUUUAUAUCAAAGAUGACCUUUUUGAUGAAUGUAGUGUGUGUAUUUGAUCAGAUGUAAUACACCAUCACUAUGUUCUGUUUUCUAAUCCAUACGCUCUUUUUGUACCUUGGUACCUUGUACUUAAACUCAAAUCUAAACAAUCAGUCCCUCUUGUUGGCAGAGACACCACAGUGCUGCUUUUUUUUUUUUAAGAGUGAAGAUUUUUAACAAAAAAAACCACACUUGGGCUUCUGAUCUCUUGCGUAUUUUAAGAGACGGCCACAGAACAAAGAAGAAAUUUCCAAAAUGUCUGGUCAUUUAAAAGAUUUGAGCUUUCGUGUUAGUAUAAUACUCAUAUUGCAGAGCUGAUCUUUAAUAUUUCCUGACAUCUGGAGGGCCUUUAAGUUUUGUUUUGAGUUUGUGCGUAUGUGUUGGAAGAAGAGUUUUAAUACCGUCUUUGCCUUGUAGCUUCACAGCUACCCUAGCAGUUCACAGAUUUCCCUAUAACGUCACGCUGAUAUUGACCCUUGUUGAUUUAGUUUUGUCAAAUAUGUCUUCUGACUGCAAAUACACUAGAACUAAUUUUGAUACAAGAAGCUGUGACUGUUCUUUGGUUCUUAUGCAAUGAGGCUUCUACUUUUGACUAAACAUAAUAGUGCAACUGGAUUAUGAAGAUACCAAGUGCUGCACUUAACCACAACUACCUGCAGUAUCAGUCUUUGUUCAGAUUUCUUACAAGUUAUCCUGAUUUCAAUCAUGCUUUUUCUGUUGUACUGCAUGUCAUGUUUUAAGAUCGACAAGAAAGUAGCAGGUAAGUAAUUGCGUUUGUGAGUCACUCCAUUUUUACAUGUGUUUUUGGCUUUUCUCAGAGGUAGAUUUAGAAUUGUGUAACUAUAUAUUUCCACUGUAAUAGUCCAGUGAUGGCUCUCUGCCCCUUGCUGCCAACAUACAACUGAACUGAUGCAGGGUACACAAUGUAGGUGCAUCAUCUCUUAAUUUGAUCAGAAAUGUCUUUCUAAAGACUUAUGUUAACAGCUGUUGGUGCGUCUUUCAUUUUCCAACAACACUUUAGUCUUCGACCCCAUCUUGUUCCACACUUACUUAUUUGCAAACCUGAUAAAUCUAAUAUUUAAAUUGUCUGGCAACUGUACCUGUCUUUGACAUUUUAAGUCAACCAUGCACACACAUUGUCUACAAGCCAGACGCUGUGUAAAUUAGGAGGAGCAUAAAGUGCUAAAACACCUCAUUGUGUCAGCAUAUCGGCAGCUUCAGUGUUCUUGUGUUUGGGGAAUAAGUUUCCUAACUGUUAUGUCCUGCAUUUAGCCUUCCACACCUAUUCCCCCAUAUAGCCAUCAUCCAUCUUUUCUGUUUGUUUUACUCUAAUCAAUCUAGAAAAGGUUCAUCAUCAAAGGGAUUUUAUUAAAAACAAGCUGGAGCUUAUUGUGA